GAACGUUAUAUUCUGUGUCUCCAGUGAAAUUACCAACUUUUUGUUACACCUGUCAAUAAAACUAUGAAGAAAAUGUGUCAUGAACAUUGGAUCAUCAGGAAAUUUUGUAACCACUUAUGUUUAGUCACAUGUUUCCUGAUCGCACCGUCUUACGAGACACAUUACAGUCCUACCAACAUUGCGUCUCUUUUAUCUUCUCUACCCACAAUCAUCAAACCCGACGGUGAGAAUAAAAUCACCAGAAGAUCACCACUGAAUCUCGGAUAUGUGUUCGGUAUCGGCGAAAUUCAUCAUACUCUGAGCUUGACCCAUGAAAUCGAAACAGUACCACAUCCGCUGUCCACCGCGGAGACAUCCAGCGUCAGCCCAAGCCUGGCCCACAAGUUGUCGUCCCAAGCUACGAAGUCAACACAGUCCCAGCCUAACAGAUACCUCGCCCACGACCACGCAUCCCAACACAGCAUCUCGAAAAACGUCGCUGAUCGAGAUCAGAACCACGGUCCUGUGAACGGAUUGGUACACGUGACACACACAUUGGUGCCUACCAUCACUCACGUGACGACAACUACUUUAUCUGAGCACGGAGUCACGAAAUCACCGACAGUUACAGUCGUGGACCAUUCUCUAGUUCCAAUAGCAGCGUUGAACUUUGAAAGAAGCCACGGGCUCUCGAAACAGUCGACACUAACUCUCACGCCUGAGUGCCUGACUAAAACCAUGAUAACAGUUAACCACGGCCAAACAAAUCAGGAUCAUAUUCUAACGACGGUCAUGGAACACGACAAAGAUGAUUCUCCGGUGACACACACGGUGGUUCAUAAAGUUUCAACUCUUACCCACGAUCCUGACCCGAUAUUAACCCACGACGUAAGCGUCACUCAUAUUACGGACGGCGUCCUCGUGACUCAGGGAGCGAGCCACAAGUCUCCAGAGGCCUCUGAGGAAAACAACGUGUUCAGAUCACAUUACGGCGGCUUUGGAGCUGGUAUUGACGUGGGGGGACAUGGCAGUGGCCAUGGAUUUUACGUGUAGAA